AUGAUCUUUGCCAUCGAGGAAAUCAACAACAGUUCUGUCCUGUUGCCUGGGGUUACUGUGGGUUACCAAAUCCACGACUCCUGUGCAUCUGUCCCUGUAGCUGUACAGGCGGCUUUUCAGCUUGUCAACGGACAUGCCCCAGAAUACCACCCAGACCAGCGAUGCUCCCAGUCCGGGAUGGUGAUGGGCAUUGUGGGGGAAUCUGGCUCCACACCAUCUAUCAGCAUGUCCCGAGUCGUAGGGCCAUUCAACAUACCCCAAGUGAGUCACUUUGCUACAUGUGCAUGCCUGUCUGACAAAGAGCAGUAUCCCAGCUUCUUCCGAACAAUUCCCAGUGACAAGUUUCAGGCUGACGCUUUGGUGCGACUAGUCAAACAGUUUGGAUGGACUUGGAUUGGCACUGUCUACUCAGACUCGGACUAUGGGAAUAAUGGCAUGGCAUCAUUCCUGUCAGCAGCAAGCGGGGAGGGCAUCUGUGUGGAAUACUCUGAGGCAUUCUAUAGGACAUACUCACUCAGCAGGAUUCAGAGAGUGGCACAGGCCAUACGCAGGUCCACAGCGACAGUAAUUGUAGCAUUUGCGGCCUCUGGAGACAUGCGUAUUCUGUUGGAGGAGCUGUGCCAGGAGCCUGUUCCGUACCGACAGUGGGUGGGCAGUGAGGCCUGGGUAACAGACCCUGACCUGCUCCGCUUCAGCUCUUGUGUGAGGGCUCUGGGGCUGGGCAUCCAACAGUCUGUGAUCCCUGGGCUGAAGGAGUUCUUAUCAGACCUGCCCUUCUCCACAGUGAGGGACUCUCCACUACUGAGCAAAUUCUGGGAGGAGGCGUUCAAGUGCAGUAUGCCCACAAAUGUUGGUCCAGAUGAUCCAGUGUGUGACGGGAGGGAAGACUUAGUGAAUCUCCAGAGCCCAUACUUGGACACUUCCCAGCUGCGCAUCACUAACAUGGUCUACAAGGCUGUGUAUGCAAUAGCACAUGCCAUUCACAACGCUCUUUGUCUAGGACAGAAUACUACCAAUCAGUGCAGCCACUUCAUUCCACUGCAGUCUGCACAGGUACUUGCUCAGUUAAAGAAAGUAAAUUUCACUCAGAAUGGAUACAGUGUGUCCUUUGAUGCCAAUGGAGACCCCGUGGCCACAUAUGAGCUGGUGAACUGGCAAACAACUGACCAGGGUACUUUUCAGCUCAAGACAGUGGGGCACUUUGAUGCCUCUCAACCAAAGGGACAGGAGUUCAGGAUACACACGGUUUUACAAUGGAUGCAAGGGAGCACAGAGGUACCAAUGUCAGUUUGCAGUCAGAGUUGUGUCCCAGGAACCCAUAAAGUUCACCAAAAAGGCAAACCUAUCUGUUGCUAUGACUGCAUUGCAUGUCCUGAAGGUGAAAUAAGCAACAUUACAGAUUCACCUAAUUGCUACAACUGUCCUGAGGAGUUCUGGCCAAAUCCUAAAAGAGAUUCCUGUUUACCUAAAUCAGUGGAGUUUUUGUCAUUUAAUGAAAACCUAGGCAUCAUCCUGGUUGUGUUCUCAGUGGGCGGGGCUUGUUUGGCUAUUCUCACAGCGGCAGUGUUCUUCAGACAUAGAAACACCCCAAUAGUCAAAGCCAACAACUCCGAAUUAAGUUUCUGUCUGCUUCUCUCACUCACUCUAUGCUUUCUAUGUUCACUUACAUUUAUUGGGGCUCCUUCUGAGUGGUCCUGCAUGCUGCGCCACACUGCAUUCGGCAUCACUUUCGUCCUCUGUAUCUCUUGUGUUCUGGGGAAGACUAUAGUGGUGCUCAUGGCCUUCAGAGCCACACUUCCAGGCAGUAAUGUCAUGAAAUGGUUUGGGCCUCUUCAGCAACGAAUGACAGUUGUUUCAUUCACACUGAUACAAGUUUUGAUUUGUAUAAUUUGGUUAGUUGUGAAUCCGCCUUUUCCCAUAAAGAAUUUAUCCACAUUCAAAGACAGGAUCAUAUUAGAAUGUGCAUUAGGUUCUCCAAUUGGUUUCUGGGCAAUUCUUGGAUACAUAGGUCUGUUAGCUUUAUUGUGUUUUGUGUUGGCGUUCUUGGCUCGUAAACUUCCUGAUAACUUUAAUGAGGCCAAGUUCAUCACCUUCAGCAUGUUGAUCUUCUGUGCAGUCUGGAUCACUUUUAUCCCAGCUUAUGUCAGCUCUCCAGGAAAGUUUACUGUUGCUGUGGAAAUAUUUGCUAUUCUCGCUUCAAGUUUUGGAUUGUUUUUUUGUCUUUUUCUCCCUAGAUGUUAUAUUAUAUUAUUCAGGCCAGAGAAGAACACCAAGAAGCAUUUAAUGAGCAAAUACUUUGAUUUCAGGGCCUUCCGGUGGAUGAUGACCAUGGUGUUUGCAGUGGAGGAAAUCAACAGAGACUCUAGUUUGCUUCCUGGGGUUAAACUGGGUUAUCGAGUUAUGGACAGCUGUGACCAAGUCCACUCCAGCCUGCAGGCAGUUCUCUCCUUACUCUCACAAACAGAUGAAAAAACUGCUGAAAAUGAAAAAGUCAACCAAUACGUUUCUGGUGUGGAGGAAAGGUCUCAGUCUAGCUGUUUGGCUGGUGCACCUGUCUCUGCAGUGAUCGGAUUGGCCUCCUCUUCUCCCACUAGAGCUGUGGCACACACUGUGGGACCCUUUAGCAUCCCCCUGGUGAGUUACUUUGCCACAUGCACAUGUCUUACCAACAAAAAACUCUAUCCAUCAUUUCUGCGCACAGUGCCCAGUGACCUCUUCCAAGUCAGAGGUCUGGUACAGCUUGUCACCUUCUUCGGCUGGAAUUGGAUCGGCACAAUUGGAACCACUGAUGACUACAGUCAUUAUGGCAUUCAGGCAUUCUCACAGGAGUUUAGUAAGCGUGGGGGAUGCAUAGCUUUUCAUGUCACCAUCCCGAAAUCUCCCUCCAUAGAGGAGGUUUGGAGUAUGGCAGACCAGCUACAAAGCUCCACAGCACGAGUCGUGGUGGUGUUUGCAACUGAAGGUCAGCUGGUGGCGCUAUUCUCAGAGUUGUCUCAGAGGAACGUGACAGGGAUUCAGUGGGUGGCCAGUGAAGCGUGGGUAACAGCUAGUCUGCUCACAUCACCAGAAUUCCAGAGUCUACUGCAGGGAACUGUGGGCUUCUCUUUUCCUGGUGUGUACAUCCCAAGAUUAAAAGAGUUUCUACAAAGUGUGCGGCCCUCUUCACAACCUGGGAUGGAGUUAGUUAAUGUGUUCUGGGAAGAGCUAUUUGAUUGUAAGCUAAACUAUGGCACUAAUGAUGAGAGUGUUGUUCCUGUAAAGAGGAAGUGCUCAGGUUUUGAGGAUCUUAACAGCACUGUGGUUAGUGGUUACACAGAUGUCUCUCAAGUCAGAAUCUCUUAUAACGUUUACAAAGCCACCUAUGCCAUCAGCCACGCGCUGCAUCAGCUCUUCAAAUGUGAUCCACAAAAACAAACCUGUGAACUCAGAACAUUUACUUCUACAGAGGUAUGUCAAAGCUUGGAUAAAAUGAAGAAUACAAAAUUACUACAACAUCUUAAGGAUGUGAACUUCACCGAUCAGUUUGGGGAGAAAGUAUAUUUUGAUUCCAAUGGAGAGCCUGUUCCACUGUAUGACAUUAUCAACUGGCAGAAGGGCAGAGAGGAGGAAAUAAGAUUCAUUAAAGUGGGAACUUAUGACGGUUCCGCUCCUCUGGGACAACAGCUGCAGAUGGAACAGAGGAAUAUAAUGUGGACCACAGGACUGAGACAGGUGCCCUUGUCCCAGUGCAGUGUGCCUUGCCCCCCUGGCACCAGGAAGGCAACUCGUAUGGGACAACCGCCAUGUUGCUUUGACUGUCUGCCCUGUGCUGAUGGAGAGAUCAGCAACCAGUCAGGAUCAACUGAAUGCACCAAAUGUCCUCAGUACUACUGGUCUAAUGAGGACAAAGUCAAAUGCGUUGCUGGUGUGGAGGAGUUCCUGUCUUACACUGACACUAUGGGCAUCAUCCUGGUCACUUUGACAUUAUUGGGCGUGUCCCUCACUGCUGUCAUCACCACUGUCUUCCACUGUUUCCGCUCCACACCCAUUGUCAAGGCCAACAACUCCGAGAUCAGCUUCUUACUUCUUGCGUCACUCAAGCUGUGUUUCCUGUGUUCUCUGGUGUUCAUUGGUCAGCCAUCGGUGUGGACAUGUCGUCUGAGACAAGCAGCAUUUGGGGUCAGCUUUGUCCUCUGCCUCUCCUGCCUCCUGGUUAAGACCAUUGUGGUCUUAUUGGCCUUUAGAACAAGCAAACCCCACUCCAAAACUCUCAAACUGUUCGGGCCCAUCCAGCAGAGGGUUCUCAUUCUGUGUACCACUGUUCCACAGGUUUGUCUGUGCACUGGGUGGCUUGUAGCAGCCCCUCCUUUUCCAUUCAGAAAUCCAGAUUACCAAACUACAACGGGAAAGAUUGUUUUAGAGUGCAAAGAACCCUGGCCACCUGGAUUCUACUUAGUUUUGGGCUACAUUGGACUUCUGGCUUUUCUAUGUCUCCUGCUGGCAUUCCUUGGAAGGAAAUUGCCAGACACCUUUAAUGAGGCUAAACUAAUCUCCUUCAGUAUGCUCAUCUUCUGGGCUGUGUGGAUCUGCUUUAUCCCAGCUUACGUCAGUUCCCCAGGGAAAUUUACAGUAGCAGUAGAGAUUUUUGCCAUUUUAGCUUCAAGUUUUGGGUUGCUGGUUUGCAUAUUUAUGCCUAAAUGUUAUAUAAUUUUAUUCCAGCCUGAAAGAAAUGUCAAGAAAGCGAUGACUGUAAAAUAUGUAAAAUAA